UUUCUCUUGCGUCUCGACUCACUCCUCGACCGUCAGCUGGUCUGGUCAGGUUUUGGUUAGACUGUUCAAAAAUUAUUUUCCCUUCAAAAUGUCUCGGCCUAUAUUUUCAGAAGAUGAACCAGGAAGAAAAUGGGACAAGUGUGUCACUGAUGCCGUAUUAAAAACAGGUGGUGGUGUAGCCAUUGGUGCUGUUUGCUCGGUUCUAUUUUUCAGUCGCAAAGGAUGGCCUUUAUUAUUUGGUGGAGGCUUUGGUGUUGGAAUGGCAUAUGCUAAUUGCGAAAGAGCAUUAAAUAAUUCUUUAUAUGGACAAAAUUUAGUGAAAUCUGCUAACAAGUGCUAAGCUAUGCAUCACAUUUAGGUAAUUCCAAUGCUUUGAGUCCAAAUGAAAACCAGCCUUUUCUUUUUCCUACUCUGAACUAGAGGUGUCAUUAUUGCAUUGACACAAUGGAAGCAGCCAUGUAAGGAACAAUUGUUCCUGUAGAAAAUUUGCCGUUUAGUUUCGUGCGGAGAGUUGAUAUCACCUCCUUUCCUCAGUUGUGUUAUGAUAAAUUGCUUUUAUAAAGCAUAAAUUUAAAUCUCCUGGCACAGCAAGGACAAGGUUUUUUGCAUUAUCAUGUGUGACCCUCACCACACCCGUGUGUAAAUUUCUGUUAUUACAGUUUAAGUUUGAGAAAACCAUGUUAUAGUAAAAUAUAAUUAAAUCAAGACAAAUCUGUUUCUACUCUGUGCCUCUUUUCUUCUAUCUAUCGCAUGAUACUAUGAAAGGCAGAGUUGGUAUCAGGCCCAAAAUUCAUGAGGAAGAUGAAAGGAAAAAGGAGAAAUAAAUGUUCUUGAUGGUUUGA